AUGUGGCGAAGAUUUACAAAAGAUUUGUGGCAAAAUGUAUCUAAGGCCGAAAGUUUAGGGGUCAAAUCCGAGUCUUCAUUUUCGUGCCCGACUCCUCCAGGCAAGCCGGUUCCACCUUAUCCACCACCGUCUUGUUCGCCAGUUCCCCCGUUUUACUGUUGCCCUAGGACGAAGUAUGACGUAAAUUUUAUUUACAUCAACGAUGUACCUCCUCCGAGUACUUUAGGCGAUGUGUUCGAUAGAAUUGCUCAGUCCGUGUUUUGGCUGGAAAUAGUGAGAGGAUUUGCUGUAACAUUAGGGCAUAUAUUCAAGGAACCAGCAACGAUCAAUUACCCUUUUGAAAAGGGCCCAUUGUCGCCUCGAUUUCGCGGCGAGCAUGCGUUGAGAAGAUAUCCUUCGGGAGAAGAGAGGUGCAUAGCUUGUAAGCUUUGCGAAGCCAUUUGUCCAGCGCAGGCCAUAACCAUUGAGGCCGAGGAGAGGUCAGAUGGGUCAAGACGAGCCACAAGGUACGAUAUUGAUAUGUCGAAGUGUAUAUUUUGUGGGUUUUGUCAAGACGCGUGCCCAGUCGAUGCCAUAGUAGAAGGCCCCAACUUCGAAUACAGUACCGAGACACACGAGGAAUUGCUCUACAACAAGGAGAAAUUACUCACCAACGGCGAUCGUUGGGAACCGGAAAUAGUAAGCAAUAUUAGGGACAACCAUCUUUACCGCUAA